UAAUAUGCCGGUAAAAAUACACCCAUGAUAAAGAUUCGCUUAACUAAACACAUUGUUUCGUUUAUAUUAAGACCUGAAUAUUUCAGUUAACAUAUUCAAUCAAAUAAAGGAUGAAACAAGCCUUGCUCUGAUUUAAAUGGAAGUACAAAUUGUGUUGUGUUUGUGUGUUUUACUGCAUUGCCAAAAAUUGACAUCGUCUUUCACAGGAAACAUUUUGUUUUCAACCCACACUGCAAUUAUGGAAUUUGACAUUGAUACACGCAAUGUGACAGUACUUGUGGAGCAGAGCGACACUGUUUACGCAAUGGACUAUGAUUACAAAAACCAAUUCAUCUAUUUUCCGAGAUUCAGUACCCAUGACAUCGUUCGAUUUGCAUAUCCCUCAAAGAAUAGAACAUUACAAACAGUUAUCCAGUCAUCACCACAUUAUCCAUCAGGAAUAGCUGUUGAUCCAACCAAUGACCAUAUCUACUGGAUUGAUUUUUACGUAGGCAGACUCUCAAGAUGUAAUCUAGACGGAAGCAAUGUGACUGUAUUAUCAAGUCUAAGUCUUCCUUUUGUGAUACGACUUGAUCUUACAAACAGAUGGAUGUAUAUAGUUGAGAGAGAUAUAGGAAUAUUGAAGUCUAGAUUUGAUUUAACUGAAAAAGAGACGAUAGUUGACUUUGUAUCAUCACAGGUUUAUUGCAUGGACAUAGACACUAACGAACACAGAUUGUAUUGGAUUAUAUUUGGCAAUGGUGACAUAAAAUCAGCUACAUACGAUGGCUCUGAUGUAAAAAAAAAUAUUUCGACAAAUUCUGCUGGCAACAAAAUAGCUAUUGGUGUCCUUGGAAGUAAUAUUUUCUAUGCUGAUAAUAAACAAUUAUUAAUGGUUGUUAAAACACCAGGAUCCACGCCGACUGUUCUGUAUAACGAUACCAGUAGGAUUGAAAGUAUAUUUGUGUUUAAUCAGUCAGGUAUGUAAAUAAUUAUUUCGAAAAAAUGUUUUACAAAAAGAUAUUUCAUGAAGAUACUCAUUUUAUCAUAUAAUAUUUUUUUUUAUAGUAUCUUAUUAUGAUACAAUCAUAUCAAUAAUUGCAUACAUUUGUAAUUAUCUUACGUUUUCACUGUCUUUUAAAUCCGAUUAUAUGUAAUGUAGGUGGAUGUAUAAAGGAAGAGAUCGACGUCCUUUACAUCUACAUUAGUUGAUCUUCACAAGUCAUAGUUUACAAUUUCCGAAUAAUAAUUGUUAAGUGUCAUUACUUGAAAGUAUGUAUGCAUGUAAAUACGUUUAUAAAGUAAGUCAGUACUUUCAAGAGAAUCAUCUGGUGACUAACAAUUGUUACCAAAUAGAUACAGGCAGUUAAACAUCAAUAAAAAAAAUUAGUGUUUACAUGAUUAAUGUUAUAGUUAUACAUAACGUCUUUUGUGCUUUACUUACAUGUUAUUUAGCUUCUUUUUUUUAUCGAUGCACAUGCUUUUUUAUAUUUUAAGUAUUUACUUUUUUUUAUCUAUUUAUAAACACAAGAACAUUAUUUAGAUAAUGUAUGUUAUUUCAAUAAACAUGUGUAGUAAUGUAUGCAUGCUUUUUGUGGUUUAAACAUGUUUUUAUUAUAUGCAAUAAAGGUAACAAAAACAAACUCAACAUUAUAUUUUACAAAGAAAAUCGUUCGAAAAAGGAAUCCGUUUCGACUCAGUUGUUAAGGGUCAUAACUAAAGCACUAGUAUUAUACAAUUGAACUGAACCAUACAGUUAUUUGAAAACAUUACGUAUUGGUUCAUACUUUAAAACUUAUUAUUUCUUUUUUUCUUACAAGUGAUUAUAUCGGUUAUUUGCUAGUUGCUUCCUAAUUUUUCAUAUAUUUAGCUUUUUUUAGUAUAUUUAUAUUAUAUAUGUCUUGUUGUGUAGACUAACCAAAUGCACAUGUGUAGUUUCAUCCUAACGUAGCUUCUAUGCAUUCCAUGUCUAUUGUUUAUUCAAUGCUAUUACUUUAUAAGUUGCAAUACAACCUUCAUUCUAUAUUUUGUA